AUGAGGCUAUUUCUCAUCCGCCACGCAGAAUGCGAGCAUAAUGUGGGCAAAGCGUUGGGCAAUUCGGAUAACCUGACAGGUGUUGGCAAAGAUCAGGCCCUCCGGCUAGCACGGUACUUUCGUGACCGGCCGGUGCGGUUCACACGCGUGCUCUCGUCGGACCUCGAUCGUGCGACUGAUACCGCCCGUACGAUCUGCCAGUACCAACUGGGUAGUGGGCCUGCACUGGAACCUUUUCAAACGGCCAAGCUGCGCGAGCAAUGCUUUGGCUGUGCUCGAUUACCUCGCGAAGCGACCCAGAUCGAAUCGAUAUCCUCGAUGCGCGCACGGGUCAAUGGCUUCCUAAGAGAUCAUAUUUUGCCGGAGAUGGCUAAUCAUGCUACGGGCGGUAAUGCAGUUAUUGCCGUCGUCGGGCACGGGGUCAUCUUGCAGGUUCUGUGGGCGUGCUUGACCGAAAUCUUUGGCUCGCAGUCGUUCCAUCUUGCUCGGAACGCUGGAUCGCCGGGGGCUGAUUAUACGCAUCCAUUGUGGUCGAAUACCGGGAUCAUGGAGGUGGAUAUCCGUCCUGGUGGACCACCGCAGGAGAUGCUGAUCAGGAAUAUGAUCUAUCCGAAUGUUGACCCGCCCUGGCUGAUGAGGGCGAAACUCCCUUUCCCGCCAGACGGGAGUGCACCGUUGAUCGGAUGGUCAAUGACGAUCUUGACGGUUGAUAGUACGACUCAUCUCGACGGCGAAGCACUGGCGCAGACCAUCCCCGCGGUCGUGCCGCAGUCGAGACAACAGCCGAUGGACCAGUUCUAUCGGCUGACGGGGAGUGUUUGA